UUUAAAUAAGCACCUUUUAAAAUGUUGUCAUAUAUUUUGUCAAAUGAAAAACAUUUAAAUGCACACAAGACACUAAGGAAAGGUCCUCGGAUACCUGGCAACAGAAAUGGAGCUCGGAAGAGACAUCUUCAAAAGGACGUUAGAAUUUUCACGAUGCCAUUAAUCAAGAAGUUCUGCUAUUGUUUUAGUCUAAGAAGUGGCGCCCUAACAAUUGCGUAUGUAGGUCUUACCAUAGAUGUAUUAGAUUCAGUAGCCACUAUAUAUACUGAGUCGCAGUAUUGCGGUGAUAUAUUACUCCUCUGGAUAAUUUCCACCGUUUGGAAUAUCAUAUCCGAAAUGGUUCUUUUGACUGCACUUCAUCGGGAUAAUCCGCACCUGCUUCCGGUCCACCUAGUGACUUGUCUCUGUGGCCUGAUCCUCGAAAUGACCAACCACAUGUGGAUUGCCUCCCUCGGUAUAACCGAUUACAUUUUGAUGUCCUAUGCGUUCUUUUUGAUUGCCUAUGUAGCUGCGGACGUCGUGGUCGUGCUCAGCUACUACCAAUCGGAGAUUUAGUGGACCACUCCGAUUACCCAUUAACCCAGGCGGCCGACCGAGCGCAGCAUGUAGCAUUUUGUGGCGCGCGAUUAGGCGCGAAAAUUUAUUUGGAAAAUGUUGCGCAAUCGGGCCGUGCAUAAAUCGUGGCCAAUUGUCACCAGCGGAUUGGCAACCGAACCUCACCGACCUGCGUUUAAUUAUCGCCCCGCCAGCGCCCGCCGAGCUACAUGCGUGCUAAUUGACCAGGCUGAAGCUCAGCGCUGCUCCAAUCCGAAUCCGAAUCCGACUCCAGCUCCGAAUCCCAGUCGCAUUCCCAGUGCAAAAGUCCAAAUGAUAACCGCGACGAUGAAAACGCAUGCUGAGCCAAAUGAAAAUUAUGUUGCAAUCGGGCAGGCGUGCUGCCCGCUGGCUGGUCACUGAACCGCAGUUUGCACCACCAUCCAUGGGGCUUAAUUAAUUUCCUUGAUUAAUUGAAAGUGCGCCUUGCUCGCAGUAUUUUCGUU